GUGUUCGAAAGCUUAGAACUGUAACUACGCCAAAGUGAAAGAAGACUAAUUCCUGUUUGGCCAUAGAUUUGAUGUUGAUACUUGAAAUUUGAAUUUUUGAAGUUAUGAUUUCUGGAAUUUGAAGCUGUGUUUGGACAUUGGACGUGCAUUUUACUCCGAUUUUUGAGGUUUUGUGAUUGGAAGUCCCAAAAACUAUUUGAAGAUCAAAUUUUGAAAAUCUGAUCAAAAUUCAUGAUCAAACGGAUAUUUGAAGUAAACGGUGAAGCCAAUUGACUAUUUCUGUAAAAGUGAUAAACUGAAAUUCCUGCCAAAACUCUCUUUACAAAUAUGUCUGAUUGGUCGGACCUUCAACAGGAUCUACUGGUUCUAAUAGUUAGACGUAUAAAUUUGAUUGAAGACUUCCUAAAUUUUGGCAUUGUAUGCAAAUCCUGGCGUUCUGUGGUCACCAAGGAGAAUUUUAACAGUAACUUGUGUAGGGUUCCAUGGCUAAUGUUAGCUGAGGAAGAGGAUGAUAAAACAUGUAGGAAAUUCUUUAGUCUCUAUAAUGGCCUGAUUUUGAAGAAGAGAAUUCCUAAAGCAAGUGGAAAACGAUGUAUGGAGUCUUUGGGAUGGCUUAUCACAGUUGGAAAAGAUGAGGGUGAAAUUAGUCUGUUACAUCCCUUCUCGGGUGUUCAAAUUCAAUUGCCGCAUCAAAUUACCACCGACCAUUAUGAAUUCAACCAGACUCCUGUUCCAUGGACCUUUGUCCAGAAAGCAAUUCUGUCAGCCAAUCCUUCUCAUACAUCUGACUAUGUUCUCAUGAUCAUUGAGGGACACUACCAGUUCCUCAGUUUUUGGAGACCAGGAGAUUUUUUAUGGACCAGGAUUAAGAAACCGGUCUAUUUCCUACAUAAUAGUGAUGUGGUAUAUUUCAACGGCCACUUUUAUGCAGUCAGUUAUAGUGGCUGCGUCCAAGUUUGUGAUGUCGUUGACUCUGAACCCACUAAAAGUCUUACCGUAGCACAGCUACCAUCAUGCAUUGAUGGUAAGUAUUACAUCCUAGAAUCACUAGGAUCAUUAUUUGUAGUUUCACAAAAUGGUGUUGAUAUAAGGUACGUCAAAGAUGAUCGCGAAAGAGUUCCAACAUAUGAAGAUGAGGAGGAGGAGGAGGAGAAGAUGUACAUGUAUAAGACAAGAAAUUUUCAAGUUUUCCAGAUCGAUUUAGAUGCUUGCAAAACUAUGCCAACCAGGGAUUUAGGGGACCAAGCUUUUUUUCUGGGUGCUAAUGCUUCUCUUUCAGUCCAAGCUUCUCAAUUUCCGGGAAUCAAGCCCAAUCAUAUUUAUUUUACAGACAACUGUUUGGGUGCCUACCUCCACUUUGAAGAAGGAGGUGGCUUGGAUAUGGGGGUGUUCAACUUAGCAGAUGGCAGUAUCCAGCCGCAUUAUGCUGGUGUUUCCCUCAGUCGUGUUUGUCCUCCAAUUUGGGUCACACCAAAUCCAUGUUGAGUGAGUCAUUUUUCUAUAUUUACUCUUUAUGUUGUUCUAUAUGUUCUUGUUUUACCGAGGAAGUCGAUUUUAAAGAGUAUUUACAACAUGCCAUUUACCUUAAGACUUGGCUGAUGCAUCUUUGUCAUUUUCAUAUAAUUGGACAAAGGUACUCCCCAUUAGUUGUUAUACUACCUUGCUUCAAGGCAUGUUGUGUUGGAAUGUGCUACUGCCUUCUAAUCUUCACUACAUCAGUAUUGUCUAAUCUUAGUGGAAACUUGCCCAUAAUCUAAUAAUAUUGAGGC